AUUAGUCACGAUGUAUUCAGAAAAGUAUAUACUGUAUAUAUACCCUCUAGUUUUCUCAAACCUCUUUUUCUAGUUCUCUUUCUCUAAAAUAUUUUAUCAUAUUUUAUUAUUGUUCAUCAUUUAUUUUUUGCUUAACAUAGACCUCAUUCUGUUGAUAAAAUUCUAUUUUUCACUUGCUAUUGUACGCCUUUAUACUAUCAUUACUAUUCAGAAACUCCAAAGUUAAAUAACCUUGCGUUAAAAGAAUAAGAAUAUUUUUUUUAGCACCAACGCGUUCCCUAUAAAUUACUAUUUAAAUCAUGGCCGAAGUCAUUAACGCUAAUUUUCAUAACUCUUUGGAAAACUUAAAGUCAAAAAAUAAAAAACAUAUAGAAGAAUUAGAUAUGAAGUGCAGAAUUGAAGAAAAAAUUCAUAAAGUCCUUUUGGCAGACCUUAAUAACCAAGAUUGGACACGAUGUAGAAGUAGCUUUGAAGAGCUAAGUAAUAACUCUAAAGAAAUUCACCAAAUGAUGAGAACUCAGAACAAAAUUGCCGAAGAUACUUUCUCUCUCACCGAAAAGUUCGAAGAGAAAGUACAAAUUUUACAAGGGAGAGUAGCAUCAUUGGAAAAUUCAUCGGAAGACUCAUCCAAAACUAACCGAAUUUUAGUUUAUGGUGAUUGGGUCGUAAUACUUAUUGAUCAAAUAAUAGUACCACAAUUUAUGGGUGGUCAGAAUGAUUGGGAUAAAAUAGUCAAUAUUUUCACGAAAAGUAUAUGUCAAAAUACUGAUUAUUAUUUACUUGAGAAUGAAGAAGAGGAUAAACUCUUCGAACGGUUAGAUGAAAUCUUAAAAAAAGUUAAAAUGACACUUGGAGAGUUUGAAUAUUUGAUUAGAUUGAAUAAGAAGCGUAAUCUUCAAUUUCAUAAAAAUGAUCAAUCUCUUGAUGAAGCAAAAAGACAACUUGAAAUGACGUUUCCUAAGGAUCUUGAAUGCUACAAGGAACCAUUAAAGAAAGCUCUUUGUGCUAUCGAAGUUAAGUGGAAAAAUAAUCGAAAUGGAAAUGGAAAUAGAAGAUUUAAAAGGAAUCAAUAACUAUGACUUCUAAUUUUAUUUUGUACAUAUAUUUUAUAAUUUACUAAACUAAUUAUUAUGUUAAAUAAAACUAAGUCCAAA